CAUGGCUAUGUCAUCAUAUGAAUUCAUCAAGCAUGAUUCUGCCUCUGAAUCCGAUACCAUGACUAUUGAAACUGGGUUCAAUACGGAAGAGAUAUGAGAAAAUAGAAGUAUCAUCAGCCUCGGCCAAGGAGGAAGUCAAAAAAUACCCAAGAGAUCCAAAUCAGUCGGUGAAACUCCAGCUCCACCUUCUGCAGAAAAUGUUCCUAUUAUGACUCCGGCUCUUCAGGGUAUUGACGAGAAAGAACAGUCCGAGUCUUUUGAAAGUGGUGAUCCUCAGGUGAAUAAGAGUGCUAGUGAGACUCCUGUAAGCCCUCCUGCCCGUCAAAACAGCCUUCCAAUUGGUCUAAAAAGAUUUACCAGUGAUAUGAAAUAAACUCAGACCUAUUGAAAGAAACUCUAAGCUCGAUAUUGAGAAGAUCAUCCAAGAGUCAGAAAAUGUUAAGAAGAAGAGAGUUAUGAGAUCUAACUCUCUUAGGAAGAACAAUGACGAUUCAGAUGAAGUCCCAGAUGAUGACUGGGCUGAUCUACCACAUCCAAGUUGUAAGAAAACUGUAAAAUUGAGCAAGAAAGAAAGAUUCAUGGAGCAAAUAUGUAUUAAAAAGGUCUUAGCACAUUGGGAUGAUAUCUUCAAAGUAGCAGUAAAAAAGAAACAAAGGAAGGUCAUACUCUCAAAGGAUGAGUACUGAAUUGACUAUAAUGUUCAGAAUAAAAGGGAGCUGAUGCUACCACCUGAGUAUUACCUUAAUUUAACAAUUUUUGAGAAACAUUACUUGGAAAAUUAUCGUGGCAAAGAUCCCAACUGGGAGGUUGGCACUCUCAGGAUGUACCUCGGCCAGAGAUAUAACAUCAAGAGUGAUUUAAUCCAUCUCUCCAACAUUGCUGAUUUCUGUAAGGUAGAUAUGGUAGAUCUUUUUAAGAAAAAGUUUAAGCCAAUUCAGAAUAAAUUGCUCAAUAAAGUUAAGAAAAGGAUCAAACUUAAAAGUUUACGGAAGAAGGUAGAGGAAGAACGGAAAAAGAAGCUUCGCUCUAGCUCUAUAUUUGCGGUACAACCAGGUAAAUAAAGUGAAGAGUAACCCUAAUCAAAAACUUGGGGUGAAGGAUGACCUUCCGAAGCCUGUAGAACCUAUUCAGGAAAAUGAAGAAGAGGAAGAAAAUGUAUCAAAUUUAUCAGAUCAUCAGUCUGAAAGAAUUAGUAUUCUGGACUUGAUCACUAUAAUUAAUGAAAAAGUGAAGGAUUUGUCAAAUUCUUUUGAAAUUUUCGCAAAGAAGAAUAAACAAGGCAAGGGCUUUAUGAAUAUUUAUGCCUUCAAUUCCUUCAUGGGAGUUGAGCUUGGACUCAAGCUCACUUCAGCCAACAAGAGAGGACUCUUUACAGUCAUUGACUGGAAUGAUGAUGGGUAUUGCACUGAAAAAGAGUUUAGGAUUGUGUUUGCUACGACAAAAGAAGAUAUUCAAAAGGCUAUUCAAAAUCCGAUAGAUUUUAAGAACGGGCUUAUCUUAGAUUUUGUUAUUGAACAGAUCUACCAUGACAUUGUCAUGUUCAAGAAAGAGUCCAUCAGCGAGCUUGAAGAGAAGCUCGACAGGGAAGGAAAGAUUGAGAUCAGCAGGCUAGCAAAAUACCUAGGUUUCUACAAUUGCAAACUUACUGAUAUUGAAAUAGACAUCUUGGCUGGAGCCGGAACUGAUCAUCCCAAAACUGGUAAAAGGAUGGUGCCUUUCAGGAGACUCAUUGAGAGGUCAAUGUCGAGAAUUAACAUCAGAAUUAACUUCAGACCAUCAUAUAAAAAGAUGAAGACUUCUAUUGGAACCGAAGAAGACAGAGAGACAAGGAAGGACCAAAUGGCGAUCUAUUAUGAGAAACAGCUAAAAGAGAAGCAAGAAAGAGAGGCUGAAGAGAAGAAAAAAUUAGAACUUGUUAAGCUAAACGAGGACCAAUAUUCUCAGUUUGAAGAUAGCGAUGGCACUCCUAUGCCUCAAAAAUAUAUGUCUCCAGCUAUCCAAAAGAAGAUAGAGAGUGUUAAAGAGGAUUUUGGGCAAGAAUUUUUGAAAAUGUAUCAAAAGACUUUAUUUGAUACUAUUAAAAAGUCGCCAAGUAAGAAACCCCAUUACUCAACAAUGAAGAAGCAGUCUAAGGCUUACCUACAGAGUAAUCCAUUUAUCAAUCCUGAUGUGGGCAUCCCAAAGAUGAUGGUGUACGACACCAAGAGUAGUAGGACCAAUAACCGAAUGGUCAAGGUCAAAAGCGACACUGCUAUCAUGCCUCAGAACAAUAAAUUUAAGACUCUCCAAAACAAUAUUAACCUCUUCAGACAUGAAUGGAGCUCGGGCAUAAGAAGAAACAUUGGACCUGUAGCAAAGUCACAGAAGCACUGGCUUAAUGACAGGUCACAAGGAGGCUUUGAGAAGUUAUCCAGUUUAGAAGCAAGACCAAUUUAUACCAAGACAGAGCAAGGAUUGUACUCUGGGAUCCAAGGACAAGCUGUGAACCGAAUGAACCGGAAUAGUAAGACUGGGAAUUACAGGAAGAAAGGAAUCAAAAAGAGAAAAGCUAUUGUGAAAAUGGCCACUUUUACUAAGGAUGAUAUCUUGAAAAUUGUUGAAAAGCUCAGUUCAGCAUAUGAAACUCCCUUCACCAUUGAAGGUCAUAAGGAAAAGUUAAUAGAGGUUAUCUUGAAGAAUCCAGAACUUCGUACUACUUUACUAAAAUCUGAAGAAGGAAAAAGGGAGAAAAAGUAUUCAAGCGUUCCAGCAAGUGUUGAAAAGAUGAGACCUCAGUAUGAUUCUUCUCCACAGAUAGGACCGGUAACACCAUAUUUGAAUGGUCCACAGCAACCAAUUCGUAAAAUUGUGAAAUUUAAGCAGAUCGAAAAUCUCGGCACAAGAAAAUAUCUUCUAUCUUACAAAAAUUCCAAAUUUUCAGAAAAGGAGAAAAUAGUGAAUGUAUUCUACAACCUCUUUAGAGAGUACAACUUCAAUAAAGAAGAAGAUAAGGACCUUAUUCUCAGACAAAUCAGGAAAAUAUACCCUAGCGCUCUCUAUGUUAGUGGCAAGAAGAUAUAGACCAUAUACUUAAGGCUUUCAUGACCAACGUAUUUCAACGCGGUAGAAUCUUGGUGAAUAUCCAGAAACUUAAGCAAUUUAUCAGAGAAGAAAGAGCUACUUUGAAACAUGUUAAAGGAAUGAAAGCUGAACAAAGAAGUAAAUCAAUAUUUUUGGCCAAAAUGUACAAUGACACUGAGCAAAGGAAGCCAAAACUACCAGAACCCUCAAAACCAAAUUCCAAUCUUGUCCACCUCCGAACAUUCAACCUCCCAGUAAAAUUCCCAACCAACACCCAAAGAGGCACCCGAAUUCCCUACCUUGAAUCCACUCGUAAAUGGAAAUCCAGUGGAAAAAUCAUCCCUCUCCAAGGCCUAAAAAUCUAACUCCAUUCAAUAAC